AAAGCAAUGAUGGUCUCAUGGUCUCUCACACACCUUGAUCCUCUAAAAAGGAAUGCUACCGAUAGCAUACUAGUAGUGCCUCCAACAGCAGUCUCAGAGUUACACAAUCAAUUUUAGAAUCAAUUAACCAAGAUGGAGGAACCCGACUACGAUGACAUGAUCGAGGAUUAUCUGGACGACUUUGAGGAGCCUCCUCCGACCACGGCGGCUUAUGACGAUGAUUUUUUGGAAGAGAUGGAAGCCGAAGCCGCCACGGAAAAGAAUGAUAAUAGUGCCAAGGAGGCACCUAUCCCCGAAGUGCCUUCUCCGGCUUCACCCAUCUCGAGGGAUCUUACCAAUCGUCUGAGAGCGGCAUCUUCCUCGGUAUCUUCCUCGGUAUCUUCCACAGAGCCUACUAGGGAAAAUCACACGGAAGAAGAAGCUACCACUUCACCAGUGUCCUCUCCGGCUGCUCAAGUGCGGACGGAAUUGGCCGCCAGUCGAUAUCAAGGUGGUAGCACGGCACCAGAUCCGUUUUCCUUUGAGAGGUACCAACGGACUACUAGUUGGCGUCAAGAGGCACCCACCUCUCCUUCCACCAUGAGAGCCAAAGAGUGGAAAUCUAGGCACCAGCGGCUGGUGGAACAAAUGACCAGUAACAGCAAUAGCAAAACUACAAACAAGACGAAAGCACCAGACGCCCAACUACUCAAUUACCAAAAAGCCAGGAAUCCUCACUAUUCCGCCUGUAAGGAACGAAUUUCUCGCAAGGACAAACAUCUCAAAUCCACUCCUACCGAAGGGCACCGCAAUGUCCCCAUGACUCUGGGGGAUGGAACCAGACUCUUUGUACGUGUCAUUCCAGAAGCGACCAGGGACGCACCUGCACCAAAGAAAACGAGCCAACAAGUGAAACAUUCCUAUUCCUUGGGAAUCUCCAUGACGGAUUUAAUGCGACGCGUACAAGCGAUUCAACGGAAAAAGGAACAUGACAGACUCAAAGACAUGUCCAAGGAACUCAAACAGCAGCAAAAGAAUCUUACUAAUAAUGCGAAUGAUGACAGUGACGACGAAGAAAUGGAAGAAGCUCCACCAGCCGACCAGACGACGCAGGAACCUGUAGACGAUCAACUCUGGGUCGAUAAACAUGCGCCUUCUACAUUUGCAAAUCUACUUUCCGAUGAACGCACGAACCGAGAGGUACUUCGGGCCUUGCGCCAAUGGGACCCCUAUGUCUUCAAAAAGGAUCCUCCCAAAAGGCCUCAGUACUACAUGCAGCAACAACAACAACAGGAAAACAAUGACAAUGAUAAUAAAACCAAAAAGGAUUCUAAAGACAAGCGUCCGGAUGAACGGAAUAGAGUCCUUUUGCUUUCGGGUUCGCCAGGGGUUGGAAAGACGACACUGGCUCACAUUGUGGCCCGUCAUUGCGGAUAUCGUCCCAUGGAAGUCAAUGGUUCCGAUGAACGAUCUGCCACGGCACUCAAGGAUCGAGUGAUUCGGGCCAUGGAGACGGCAACCCUGGAUGUGCACAAUGCCAACAACAAGGGGCGACCCAAUUGCAUUAUUCUGGAUGAAAUCGAUGGCGCGGAUGCCAAGCAAGCGUUGCAGGCAUUGGUGGAACUAAUUCGCCAGGAAAUGCCAACAGCCAACAACAGUGAAAACAAGGAGGGAAAGAAACAGGCGAAACAAAAACGCAAACCCUACUUAAAGCGGCCCAUCAUUUUCAUUUGCAACAAUCUCUAUGCUCCGGCUCUUCGACCAUUGCUGCCAUAUGCACGACGCUUUGAAGUGGAAGCACCAGCUCCACCCCGCUUGGUAGCCCGGUUGAGGGCCGUUCUCAGCAACGAAGGGCUUUCUUUGUGGGGAGGUGCCACGUUACUUCACGAUUUGGUCGCAUCCAGCGGAGGGGACAUUCGGUCCUCGCUUUUCACGCUGCAAUUUGCAGCUGCGCAACUGCAUCAACAGACGAUGAACCAUUCGAACCAAAAGAACAGGAAUAUGGACAUUACCAAGUCGUUGCAGUCCACUCUGAAGCGUGACGGGAGGAAAGACGAUAGGAGAGAUGUGGCAGGAACCGCCAUGGCUGUGUUCAAAAGGCUGAAGAACAAGGGCAAAAACGAUCGACUAUGGGGAACUCGUCAGGCUUCGGAUCCUCGAACGAGCGUUGAGCGGGUUUUGGAUGCUGUGGAGAGCUUUGGGGAGCAUGGCAAGAUCUUGGACUGCAUGUACUUGAACAUCAUGAAUGUCAACUACGUUGAUCCCAGUUUUGAGCGAUCUGCCUUGGCUCUGCAAUGGCUCUCGGGGGCCGAUCGAAGGAGUAUCCAACAGUUGUAUGUACCCUGUGCUGCCGCAGCAUUGCAUUUGCUCUGUCGUGUCGAACAGAAGCCUGACCUGACGUACACCACAAGAGAGCUUACAGACAACCAUUAUCAAUUGGAGGCCAACCUUGGCUUGACGCAAAAGUUUGCAGAAGGUCUCUCAGCCAAGUAUCGGGGCAGUCGUACAGCGGAUUCGCUUGUGAAGGAGACAGUUCCGUAUGCUCUUUGGAUGUUGAGUGCUGGUGAAGGCAGCAGCGCCCUUUCACGCCCAGCUUCUUCGGUGGCGAUUCUGAAAAAGAAGGAACUUGAAGCGUUCGUGAAACAUUCUGAAACACUUCGAUCCCUGGGAUUGACCUACGUAGCCUCGCGGGCGGGCUUUGCCGGUCCAAACAACGAAUACAGUGACGAGUCUCUCAUGACCCUUGAGCCCCCGAUUCAUCGUUUGGUCCACUUCCAGUACAUUGAGGCAAUGCCAUGGUCAAGCCGAAAAGAAAUCCCUUCAGCAACGAAGGAGUUGCUCGCACAACGUUCAACCCUUCAAGGCAUUCGAGACUUGGGUUCUUCAUCCACCCCACGAAAGGAUGCAGCGUCGGCGUUGAAAGGGACUGGAACACCCCAAUCUACAUUGAAGAAUUUGGAAGCCAUCAAGAACGCUGCGAAGGGGGAAAGCGAGGCUUCCAAAUCUCUGCCAGCAGAACCAAAACCUGUCUCGCAACCUUCGCCAGUGGAAGACGGGACGAACAAACGGAACACAGUCGCCACAAAGGGCUCCGUAGAGAAGGGGCGUCCCGCGAAGCGUGCAAAACCCUCUCCUGUGUCAGCUCAUAACUUUUUGGGAGUGGGAGCCAAAAGAGCUCGUGAAAAGAGAUCGGCACGUCGUGCCAAGAACGUUGGGUUUGUUCGAUCUACAACGGAAAAGAAAUCCCACACUGGCAGUGGCGUGCCGUUGUCAAAGGUUCUUAGACUCAAGUUCGUCAAGGGUUUCACCCAGGCAGUUCGGAACCCCUGUAGAAUGGAAGACUUGGCCUAG